AAGUGACAAAUUGGCUGUACUCGCCAAUAAGGCUUAGAUAGAUUAGAGGAUAUAAGUGGGUCCCAACAGGGAACCUUUCAUAUUUUGCUAAUCUGGUAGCAAUGGAAGCAUGAAAGAAAUGGUAGUGUCUACUCUAGUCUAGAACAAGAAUCAAAAGCUCCAGGGAAGGAGGUAAAGAAGAGAAACCAAGACAAGAAGAAGAAGAAGAAGAAAGGAGACGAGAUGGAGACCCAAGAGCAGCAAGCUAAGUCACGAGUUGUGAAGGUGGAUUCGGUGGAGUCUUGGGAUUUCUAUGUUACCCAAGCCAAUAAUCAAGGCUGCCCUAUUGUUGUACACUUUACUGCUUCAUGGUGUAUCCCCUCUGUGGCCAUGAACCCUUUUUUCGAGGAAUUAGCCUCGGCUUAUCCAGAUGUCCUGUUUCUAGCUGUUGAUGUCGAUGAAGUCAAGGAGGUGGCUUCUAAACUGGAGGUAAAGGCCAUGCCUACAUUUGUGCUGAUGAAGGAUGGUGCACAAAUUGACAGGCUGGUGGGUGCCAAUCCAGAGGAGAUAAGGAAAAGGAUUGGUGGGUUUGCUCAGUCCAUUCGUGUGGCUGUAGCCUAGUUACUGUGUGUGUGUGUGUGUGGCGUUGUGUGAGAGUGGAGAGAGAUCUUGUAUAUUAUGAACAGGUAAAAUAUGUGGUUAUGGUGGACGGUGGAGCAGCACUUUAAACAGAAACGAUGUUGAUGAUUGUGGUUUGUAUAUGUUGAUUACUGUCGCAAAUCAUGUAGUUAGAAAGUGUUUUACUUUGUGGCCUUA